AGCUGGCGCUAGGUGGCGCUAAUUCAGCCUGCAGACGCUGCCUCGAGCCAUUCGCCGUGUUUCCUCAUCCGGUUUAGAUGUCAACCAUAGACGCUGGCGCAUACAAGCAAAAUAAUCAUUUAAUCAUUAGCGAAUAAUCAUUUCACUAUUUGCUGGCUCAGAUGGUUCUGACUAUGAGCGCAACAUGUCCGGGCCUGUAUUGUGGCAGGAUGAUGGUCAAUGGAUCAGUGGAGGGACUGUGUGGUGUCUGUCCACGUGGGGAACGGGCCAACCUCCAGAAGGUUUGCGAACGCUGCAAUGGGUCCCCAGAUCUUUAUGACUGGCUUUAUCUGGGAUUCAUGGCCAUGUUACCGCUAGUGCUGCACUGGUUCUUUAUUGAGUGGUACUCCGGGAAAAAGAGCUCCAGUGCUCUGCUGCAGCAUGUCACAGCCAUGUUGGAGUGCAGCGCGUCAGCAGUGGUCACUGUGCUCAUCACAGAACCCGUGGGAAUGUUCGGCAUCCGAUCCUGUCGAGUCCAGAUGCUGUCGGACUGGUACACCAUGCUAUACAACCCCAGUCCAGAUUAUGUCAACACGUUACACUGCACCCAGGAGGCCGUCUACCCGCUCUACACCAUCGUGUUGAUCUACUACGCCUUCUGCUUGGUGCUCAUGAUGCUGCUGCGUCCGCUGCUCGUGAAGAAGAUUGCGUGCGGUCUGGGUAAAUCUGACCGCUUUAAGAGCAUCUAUGCUGCUCUGUACUUCUUCCCUGUCCUCACCGUGCUGCAGGCUGUGGGCGGAGGGCUGCUCUACUAUGCGUUUCCCUACAUCAUACUGGUCCUGUCCCUGGUCACACUGGCCGUUUACAUGUCCGCCUCCGAAAUCCAGUCCUUCAAAAACCUGCUUGUAAAGAAAAAGCGUCUGGUCGUCCUGUUCAGCCACUGGCUGCUCCACGCAUACGGCAUCAUCUCCAUCUCGCGGCUUGACAACCUACGGCAGGACCUGCCCCUGUUGGCCCUCGUGCCGGGACCCGCGCUGUUCUACAUCACCACAGCCAAGUUCACCGAGCCCAGCCGCAUCCUGUCUGAGGGCGGCCCCGGGCACUAAGACGACUUGAUGAGACCAAACCUGCUCAACCAAUUCAUUUGGAGGAAUUGUCUUAAAAUUAUCUGUCAACAUCAAACAGCUCAGUGAUACUUAUUUAAAACGGUACAAUCUAUUUAUUAUGCCUGUCUUUUAAUGCAAACAGGACAGAUGAUCUGAUUUCACUGCUCAUAAGUGGUCAUUUGUUGAUCAUCAAACCCACAAGGCUUCCUAUGGAAGGCCUAUUUGUGCAGCUGUAGUUAUGUUUGAAUGCUGGCAUGUUGAAAUCCUUUUUUUUAGAGUAGGUCACUUAAUUUAAAGGUCACAUUUAGCUUAAAAAACGCAUUUGCUUUAGAGGUCCAUGUGUGAAUAUUGUACAUUUUCUCAUAAUUAAUCAUUGUUGUGGCUAAAGAAAGACUUCUGGCUGUGAUCAAGUGGAAUCUAGCCACAUCCAGCCAAAACAAAACAAAUACAAAAACUUUUUUUUUUUAAUUUAAACAUCCAGUUACAUGUUCAUGCAUAUGAAGACAAAAGCCUCUCGGGAUUAUGGAUGGGGGAGAACAGAAGCACCUGUCUGCUGGUUCUGAUCCAAGAUGUAAUCAUGGAAGAUGCCUUCAGUCAGUUGUGAGUUGAUGAAUGUCUGUACAUUAAUGUAAAUAUGUAAGUAGUUGUAAAUCAUGUUGAGUAAAUAACAGCAGUAGCUGCUUCUGCUGUGUUCAGUGAAGUCUGAAACACGCAACUCACCGCUUCCAUCACUUCAGGCCUGGUCAACCAGCUUCUACUUGGCUGGAGCUGGAAUUCAUGGGCUGUUUCUUUCCCUCCUUUAUUGGAAUAUUUGUGCAAACUGUUGUGAAAACAUGUCUCAAGCUACUUUUACGAAGUAAAGUGCAACCUGCCUGAAAACAA